AUAGUGUUUAUAUGUAUGGUGGUCUAGAUACCCACACAAAGAUGGUGAGAUAGAUAUUGAGAAGGAAAAAAAAAAGAGAGAAUGAGUGAGAAAGGAAAGGAGAUGAUUGAUCAUUGGAGCCACAAGCAUCCACUUACUCCGGUCGAAAUUCGUGAAAGAAAUUACUGUUAUGGGUGUGAAGAGCUGUUUGGGAUCGGAGAGCAAGCUUAUGGAUGCAGAACCGAGGGAUGUGGCUACACAAGAUUAUUACACGAAGAAUGUGCAGACAUUGCGAGAGAGAUACGCCAUCCAUCGCACCACCCUCAACACGUACUCAUCCAACGCCACAAACAUGAAUUAGGGGUGUGUCGUAUAUGUCAAAGGGAUAUUUGGAGCAUUGGUUAUAAAUGCUCCAAAUGUGAUUUCCAGAUGCACCUGAGAUGCGCACAAGGUGGUGGCAUGGUCGAUACAACGGGCAAUGAUGAUGAUGAUGAUGAGAAAAGGCGCAGCAUCAUUCGUCAUCCAAGUCAUUCCGACCAUGAAUUGAAGUUGUUGAGGAGAAGUUGUUCCUUCAAGUGUGAUGCUUGUGGAACCACACGCAAAGAUAGUUCCUACACAUGCACCGCAUAUGGUUGUCAAUAUUGCAUCCAUGAGAAAUGUGCUUCCUUGCAUGAAAGAUUCAAAAGGGAAGAUCAUCAUCACUAUCUCUCUUUGUCCUUUCGCGUCCCUUUUGAAUAUCUCAAUUUCAACUACAAAUGUGAUGUGUGCAACACAUUUUUGCUGCCCAACUAUUGGAUAUAUCAUUGUCAAAUCUGCAGAUUUAUUGUCCACGUCAAGUGCGUUUUCAACAAGCAGCCUCCCAUCAUUGAAUAUAUUGGGAAAGACAUUAUUCAUCUUCCAGCGAAUGAGGUAGCCGAGGAACUAAUUACACCGUUUGUGAUGAGACAAACUGAAGGAGGAGGAGGAACAUUCAUUCCACCCAUCAACAUCAUCCCUGCUGCUACUGUUGAUGAGUUGGUGAAUGUGAAAUAUAAGUUCAUUCAUCACCAACAUCAACUCACUUUAGUCUCAUCUGACGAUCCAAGCCAAGAUGAAGAAGAAGAAGACGAGGAGAAUUAUGGAGUGAGAUCAGAAUUGAUAUGUGAUGGGUGCAUCACUCCUAUAUCAUCAUCAUCAUACUACUAUAUGAGUUGCAGUGAAUGCAAAUACAAUCUUCACAUUGCCUGCUUUCACUUGCCAUCUCAACUCUCCUCACGUCCACUCCACCAACAUGAUGAUCACCAGCUUUUCCUCCAAUCUUUGGACAAACGCCAACCUUGGAUCUACCAAUAUUGCAGUGUGUGUGAGUAUAAAACUAAUGGGCUGUUUUACACUUGUACAAAGUGCAGGUUCAAAGUUGAUAUCAAGUGUGCUUGUCUGCCGGAUACCAUACUUCACGCAGCUCACCCGCAGCAUCUCCUCAAAUACGUGACUCAGUCGGAUCUACGCACAGAUAUCAACCAACGACACUUGUGUUGUGCUGCUGAUUGUGGCAAUGACAUAGACUAUUAUGAUUGUUACAGGUGCUGCAGCAGCAGAUCAUGUGAUUUCACAGUGCACGUUAGAUGCGCUUUGCUGCCUGCAUCAUUCAGCAGCCGUAGAUGGGACGACCUACACCCGCUGCUGUUGACGUACGACGCCACUCUCAAUCGUCCUGGCGAUUUCUACUGCGAUCAAUGCGAAACACAAAUGAAUCCGAAAAGUUGGAUGUAUCACUGCCGCCCCUGCGAUUUAUCCUUCCAUCCUAAAUGCUUUCCAACUACAUCCGGCGAGUUUAGAAACGUGCAGUUGGGGCAGGAAUAUGAUGUGAAUGCAGAAAUCCAUCCUCACCCUCUCACCUUUCAACUUCUCACUACAAAUAGCCGCUGCGACAUUUGUGGUUACAAUGAGAAUGAAAAUCAAGGGUUCUACUGUGCAUUAUGCAAAUUCUUCAUUUGUCUCUACAGCUGCGGUUUAAUAAUGAUCAAAGAUGGCAACAUUGAGGCCGUGGAUUGAAGAAAAAGCUCAAUUGUGUGUUUUUGUCUUACCUUAUUUGUUUGAGUGUGUUUUAAAUUUAAUGAAGGUGGUAGCUUGCUUCUUUUUUUAAAUUACAGUUGCUCAAAUUUUUACUUCUCCAUAUGCAUGCUUGAAGUUAA